AUGGGUAAGUUGCUAAUACUAACAUUCACACUCUUGGCAUAUACAUUGGCUGCCGGUCCAGAAGUCGGUCUUGGUAUCUUAGACAAUCUGAACAAAUUCUUCUCAUCAGAUGCAAAACAAGAACAGAUUGAUACAAACAGAGUUUCUACACAGAAAGAACCAAUAAGAUGGCAAGAUCUAGAGACGGAGCCUUAUGAUAAUGUUAUUCAUUUUGAGGGAGAAACACAUUUCAAGAAUGUCAAACAGUUGACAUUCGGAGGUGAAAAUGCCGAAGGAUACUUCAGCUUUGACGAUUCCAAGCUUACUCUCCAAGCUACUGGUUACGGUACUGACUGUGAUCAGAUUUAUGAAUUGGAUUUGAACAUUGAUCCAAGAGCACAGACGUUGAGAAGGAUCAGUACAGGAUUGGGUGGAACUACUUGCUCUUACUUCUUCAAGGAAUCGGAUAACAACCACCGUUUGUAUGCUGGAAACUUCUGGAAUAUAACACCAGAAAAAUAUCCUGAUAUCACUAAAACUUGCCCACCAAAGAAAUGUGCAAACCCAGACACAAUUGCUGAUCAGACCUUGAAGAAGCUAUGCAACACAUCCUACACUUGGGACAUCGUACCUGAUUAUGAUAUAUUCAAGGUUGAUCGCUUUGGAAACCUUGUUCAACGACUGACUAACCACGACGGAUAUGAUGCAGAAGGUGUGGUGUCUCCAGAUGGAACUAAAAUCGCUUUCACUUCCUUCCGCGAUGAUGAUCUCGACUUAUACAUUAUGAACAGUGAUGGAAGUAAUGUCACUCGCCUGACUUAUACUCUUGGGUAUGACGGUGGAAGCUUCUUCUCACCUGAUGGUAAACGUUUGAUCUUCCGUGCUAGUCGACCAAAAACCAAAGAAGAAGUAGAGAAAUACAAACUUCUCCUUUCAUACGAUUUGGUUGAGCCCAUUGCUAUGGAAUUGUUUGUGAUCGAUAUUGAUGGAAAGAAUAUGAGACAAAUCACCAAUCUGACUCAAGCCAACUGGGCUCCUUACUAUCUGAACGACAACAAGCGUGUAAUCUUCAGUUCGAACUAUGACGAUGCCGCAAACGGUUUUGGUGCAUUUGCUCUUUACGUUAUCAAUGACGAUGGUACAAAUUUGCAAAGAGUUACUUUUGGAGAUAAGUGGCAAUUCAAUUCAUUUGCUAUGAUGAAUUAUGGAGGUAACAAACUAGUAUGGGGAUCUUCAAGAAAUGGAUCUUCUCAAUACGAGCUGAAUUUGUUCAUUGCUGACUGGGUUGAUCCUUCUAAUACUUCUUCGCACACCACCGCAUCACCUCCUGAAUCUUCCACAAAACUGUCAAAUGAUCUCAAGCCAUGGGCUUCCCUCGUAGCUCUCAUCUACUUUCUCUUAUCCCACUAA